AUGGGUAAGCCUCAAUACACUCAGAAGUUCCGAAAAGAAUGGUUGCAGAAUACAUUAUUUAAAGAUUGGUUAGUAGCAGUUGAAGGAGAUGAUUGUAAAGGACGGUGUCGGUACUGCAAAACUGAGGUAAAUGCUAAAUUUUAUGAUAUUAAACAACACGCCAAAACUUCAAAACACAUUUCGGCUACAAAAUUAUUAUCCAGUUCAAGAAGUUUAACGGAUUUCUGUAAACCUCCAUCAAUAAAAGUUAAUGAAGCUGAAGCAAGUCUGAGCUUAUUUAUCGCAGUACACUGUUCAAUCUUACCCAUCGACCAUUUGGGAACUCUUUGUCAUAGUACAUUUGGCGACAGUGUAGCUGCUAAGGAUUUUAAGCUACACAGAACCAAAUGCACAAAUAUUAUUAUUAAUGUUUUCGCACCUCAUUUCGAAAGUUCCCUGAUGCAAAGCAUUGGUAAAAAUCCAUAUAGUAUCCUGAUAGACGAAUCAACAGAUAUCAGUGUUACUAAAUUUCUCGGCAUUACAGUAAUAUAUUUUGACCGAGAAAUGGGAAAAACUAUUUCUACUUAUUUAUCAUUGGUUGAAAUCACAAACUGUGAUGCUCAAUCAAUUACUGAUGCGUUAAAGGAUGCAAUUCAUAAUAAAGGGCUGCAAUUAAAAAACUUGGUAGGAAUAGGAACGGACAAUGCUUCGGUUAUGGUUGGUGUAAAUAAUGGAGUUUACCAAAAACUUAAAUUAGAAAUCCCAUCUCUUAUAUUAAUUCCAUGUGUGUGUCAUUCUCUGCAACUUGCAGUGUCAAGUGCUGCAUCUGAAGUACUGAGCUCCGAUCACGAAUUAUACCAC